AUGGCCAAAUCAGUUAAGAAGUGCUUAAAUGGUUGGGAACUAAAUCGUGUGCUUAGUGUUACCGUGGACAAUGCAUCUUCAAAUGACGUUGGAUUUCAACAUCUCAAAAGAUGGCUUCACUCUCAAAAUGGCAUAGUUUUGAAUGGAGAAUACCUUCAUACACCGGUGAGGUAUGUGAGGCGUACUCCUUCGAGGUUUCAGAGAUUUAAGAAAUGUAUUGAUCAUGAAACAAUUGGAUAUAAAGGUUAUGUUGGGAGAGAUUGUGAGACUCAGUGGAACUCAACAUAUCUAAUGUUAAAGGGUGCAUUAAAACAUAAUAAGACCUUUACAGAGUUAGAAUUCAGAGAUCAGAAAUAUUUUAAUGAAAUGAGUAAGGACAAAGGAGUGCCUAGACCGGAAGAUUGGGAGCAUGUUGAGUUAAUCCUUCCAUUUCUACAGAUAUUUCAUGAAGCUACAGAGCGUAUUUCAGGAUCUUCUUAUGUGACAAGCAACACGUAUAUGCUUGAGGUUUUUGGUGUUGGAAGAAGCAUUCUGAACAUGUGUAAUUCGGAAGAUCAAAAGCUUGUGGUAUGGAUGGCAACUAGGAUUUAUGAUACUAGUGAUGUAGAAUAUUUGAAAACCAAACUGGGUUCAUAUUUGAAGUCUAUUUUUGAUGAAUACUCUGGUAGGACAGUGUCUCGUCUAGGUAGUUCAGUUAACCUAUCAGGUGGUUUUAAUGCAAUUAAUGAUUUGUACCAUUGUGCUGAAUUCUACCAAUCAGAUGAGUGCAGCACAUCAGAGACAGAAUUACAGAAGUAUAUUCAAGAAGAAGUAGAAAACCGUCCUCCAAAUUUUGAUGUUCUAGAGUGGUGGAAGAACUAUAUUCUACGCCAGAUGCCGGAAGUUGCUCAUCCUUUGUGUCAGUUGUUGAUGAUUGAGGGUAAGAUAUACUGA